CCUGUACCAUCACCAUCUUUCUAUGUCUGCCCACUUUCUCUCUCUAUAAAUUUGCUCUCCAUAGACACACUCUCUCUCUAGCAUUUUGAAUUUUCUCUCUCUCCGCCGGAGAAAACAAUGAAGCACCUGAUCCGCCGCCUCUCUCGCGUCGCCGACUCUUCCCCCACCGAGCACCGUCACCACCUCCUCUCGUCCUCCUCCCGCCGCCGCCGUAAACCCCACGCGCAGCCGCUUUCGUACUCACGCGCCGCAGCCGCUGCCGCCGUCCCAGCGGGACACGUUCCCGUGUACGUCGGAGAGGAGAUGGAGAGGUUCGUGGUCAGCGCGGAGCUGAUGAACCACCCAGUCUUCGUCGGAUUGCUGAACCGAUCGGCUCAGGAGUACGGUUACGCCCAGAAAGGCGUCCUCCACAUUCCAUGCCACGUCAUCGUCUUCGAGCGCGUCGUCGACUCGCUCCGACUCGGCCUCACAGGUGAGUCGACGCGCGACCUCCAGGAGCUCGCCGCGUCAUUCUCCGGCGAAGAUCUGUCUUUUUUUGUACCCGGAGCUACAGAGUAGGUGAUGCCGAAGAAGAUGGAGGAGGAGAAGAAGAAGAAGCAACGCAAACGGCGUCGUUUUCUAUUUUUUUUUUUUAAAUUUUCUAAUUUUGUAAAUAUUAUACAAUUUUCGUUCUUGGAUUUUUUUUCCCCUUUUUUUCGGUCUGAUCGGAAUGUCUUGCCUUCUGUAAUGUUGUUGAUCUUCAAACAAAGAUCCAAUUGUUCUGGUUUC